AUGUCUGGUAAUAACUUUCCUCUGAGCCAACAACCUUCAAAUCCUAUUGACCCUUUCGACGACUCGGCAACCGUCGAAACCUCCCAAAAUACUGACAUUUUGUCAGUUCCGCAAGCUGCUGUUAUACCAUCUUUUAGACCUUCUUUUUCUCAGGGCGACCAUACUUCUUUCGACCCUAACUUCAACGAUAAUAUUGAGGACUACGGAGAGCAGGACCCUUUGUAUUCCGACUCCACGAGGCUUAUACAACGACAAAUUACCAACAUGUCCUAUUCUGAAGCAAAUCUUCCUCUUACUUCAGAUAGUAAAACUGAAACGUCUGAUCUUCCUAGCUCUAAUGCUUGUAUUCAGCAAAUUAAAGAUGUAUCACCAACAAACCAAUACACUACACUUGGUACUUUAAUGGUCGUAUUGACUGCUACUGCAUGUAAAGAAAUCUUGGAAGAUUAUGUAAGUGAAGUAAAUCAAAGAAAAUGUAAAUAUUUUGAACUUACAGGAGAAACAUAUGUAGAAAAGGAAUGGAAUCAAGUAACUGUUGGUGAUAUUGUUCGUGUUGAAAGUGGUGAAUUUUUUCCUGCGGAUUUAAUAUUACUUAGUAGUUCUGAACCUGAAGGGCUAUGCUAUAUAGAGACAAGUAACUUGGACGGAGAAACAAAUCUAAAAAUCAAACAAGCUACAAGCGAUACAUCACACUUAAUUUCUCCAUCAGAAACUAGUCGUUUGAGAGGAUAUAUCAAAUCUGAAAAACCCAAUGAUAGUUUAUACACGUAUGAUGGCUUACUUGUGAUGGAGACUCCACAUGGUCAAAAACAAGUUCCUUUAGAUCCAACACAAUUACUUCUUAGGGGUGCACAAUUGAGAAAUACAUCAUGGAUUUAUGGUAUUGUUGUUUUUACAGGCCACGAGACAAAACUUAUGAAAAAUGCCACAACUUGUGUAGAAAAAAUGGUCAAUAUCCAAAUUAUUUUCUUAUUUGGUAUUCUUUUGGUAAUGAGUUUAGCAUGUUCAAUAGGAAGUGCUGUAAGGACUUUGAGAUAUGGCGGCGAAAUGGCAUACAUACCAUUCCCUACAAAUAAUAAUAAUAUUCUCCUCCAAUUUCUUUUUAAUAUUUUGACGUUUAUAAUUUUGUUUAAUAAUUUAAUUCCUAUCAGUUUGAUUGUCACAAUGGAAGUCGUCAAAUUUCAACAAGCUCUAUUAAUUAAUGACGAUUUAGAUAUGUAUUAUGAAAAGACUGAUACCCCUGCUUUGUGUAGAACUAGCAGUUUGGUUGAGGAAUUGGGUCAGAUUGAAUAUAUUUUUUCUGAUAAAACUGGUACUCUUACUUGUAAUGAAAUGGAAUUUAAACAAUGUAGUAUAGCUGGAUUAGCGUAUGCUGAGAAAGUUGAAGAGUCCAAACGUGCCCGUGAGGUUGAUGGUGCUGAAGUCGGAUUUCAUGAUUUUAAACAAUUAAAAGAAAAUAUAAGGAAUCAUCCAACUGGAAAUGUAAUCAAUGAAUUCUUGUCACUCUUAGCUAUAUGUCAUACUGUUAUUCCUGAGCGUAAGGAUGAUAAUCCUAACAAUAUUGAGUAUCAGGCUUCAUCUCCAGAUGAAAGUGCUCUUGUUAAAGGUGCUAUGACUCUGGAUUAUGUAUUCACGACUCGUCGUCCAAAAUCUGUAAAUAUACGAGUUAAUGGUAUUGAUUACGAAUACGAAGUUCUUAGUAUUUGUGAAUUCAAUAGUACACGUAAACGUAUGUCUACAAUUGUCCGUGGUCCAGAUGGAAAAAUAAAAUUAUAUUGUAAAGGAGCUGAUACUGUAAUUUUGGAACGUUUAAGUGAUGAUAAUCCAUUUGUUGAACAAACAUUACAACAUCUUGAAGAUUAUGCAACUGAAGGUCUCAGAACUCUUUGUAUCGCAAUGCGUGAAGUUUCUGAUGAGGAAUAUAGACAAUGGUCUAUUAUAUAUGAAAAAGCAUCUACAACUUUGGUAAAUCGUCAAGAUGAACUUGAUAAAGCUGCUGAAAUGAUUGAAAAAAAUCUAUUUCUUUUGGGUGCUACUGCAAUUGAGGAUAAAUUACAAGAUGGUGUUCCGGAAACAAUUCAUACACUUCAACAAGCUGGUAUUAAAAUUUGGGUCCUUACUGGUGAUAGACAAGAAACUGCUAUAAAUAUUGGACUUAGUUGCAAAUUAAUUAAUGAGGAAAUGACUUUAAUCGUUGUGAAUGAAGAAAGUCAUUGGAAGACAAAAGAAUUUUUAGAGAAAAGAAUUCAAUCACUUAAAGGUCGAGUUAAUCCAGAGGUUGAACCUCUUGCUCUUGUUAUAGACGGUCGAACACUUGAAUUUGCUCUUGACAAGGAAAUUGAGGGGGUUUUCCUCGAGCUUGCAACUAUGUGCAAAGCAGUUAUUUGUUGCAGAGUAUCACCACUUCAAAAAGCACUUGUUGUAAAAUUAGUAAAGCGUCACCUUAAAGCUAUUCUUUUGGCUAUUGGUGAUGGUGCAAAUGACGUUCCAAUGAUUCAAGCAGCUCAUGUUGGUGUUGGAAUUAGUGGUCUUGAAGGAAUGCAAGCUGCUCGUAGUGCAGAUGUAUCAAUCAGUCAAUUUAGAUAUUUAAAAAAAUUACUUUUAGUUCAUGGUGCAUGGAGUUAUCAACGAUUAAGUAAAUUGAUUUUAUAUUCAUUCUAUAAAAAUAUAACAUUAUAUAUGACUCAAUUUUGGUACGCAUUCCAUAAUGGGUUUUCUGGUCAAGUAAUAUACGAGUCCUGGACUAUCACAUAUUACAAUGUUCUAUUCACUGUAUUACCACCGAUAGUUAUGGGUGUGUUUGAUCAAUUCGUAAGUGCAAGAAUGUUGGAUCGGUAUCCUCAAUUAUACUCACUAGGACAAAAGAGUGAAUUCAUCUUGUAUUGGGUAUCAAUAUACGUUUUUUAUAAUGACUUGGUUUUAACAAAUGGGCAAGUGGCAGGUCACUGGUUUUGGGGUACGGCACUGUACACGGCAGUUUUAGCAACCGUUUUAGGGAAAGCUGCAUUAAUAACGGACUUAUGGACGAAAUAUACAUAUAUUGCUAUUCCUGGAUCAUUUGUUUUUUGGAUGGUCUUUAUUUUUGUUUAUGGCAUGAUUGCACCAAGAUUUAGAAUCUCGGAAGAAUAUGAUGGCAUUAUUCCUAAAUUAUUCACAAGUCCCAUAUUUUAUCUAUUCGUCUUGUUGGUUCCAGUUAUAUGUUUAUUGCGAGAUUACGUGUGGAAAUAUGUAAAACGCAUGUACCGUUCAAGAACAUAUCAUACUAUACAAGAAAUUCAAAAAUUCAAUAUACCCGAUUAUCGUCCACGUGCGGAACAAUUCCAAAAAGCGAUACGAAAAGUCCGUGCAGUACAACGUUUACGAAAAAGUCGUGGUUUUGCAUUUUCUCAAAACGAAUCCGGUCAAGAAGCACGUCUUAUCAGGGUAUACGAUACUACUAUUUCGAAACCGAAGGGUUAA